GGUAGGGGAGAAUUCCGGGCAGUCUCGGGGCGUGGAGCUGGCGCAGCGGGAGGAGCCGCUGGACGCCGUUCGCCUCUCCCGGCGCCGUGGACAUCGCUGGCAGGAAGGAGGGGCUCAAGCUGCCCCUGCCUGAAUCUGGACACACUCUAGCUCCUUCUCUGCCACCCCCGCGCCGCCGCCCAAACACCAGCGCGGCCCGACUCCGAAUGUCUCAAAAUGAACAAAGGAAAAACCGAAUCCAGGGCUCGAGGAAAGGCCGCCUCUGCGGGCCACAGAGUCUUCUCCUGGGCCGCCUGAACGUAGCCCCGUCUGACACCCCCUUCCAGCUGCCUGCUCCUCGAAACCUGAAGGUUCACCUGUACAACGCCCAGCAGGCUCUGAGCUGGGAGCCCGUGUCCCUGAACAAUGACACAAGGCUGGUGGUCUACCAGGUGCAGUAUAAAUACAGCACUAGUAGUACCUGGUAUGACGUCAACAGAAAAGACAGCAGGGUGGAUUGUACGAACCUCACCGGGACAGAGUGCAACUUUACCGCAAACAGCCUCUCAGAGGGCUUCCCACGGCAUUUCAACAUCACUUUACGCCUCCGAGCUAAGCUGGGGGACCUCGUCUCUGCCUGGGUAAAGGCGCCUUGGUUCGAACACUAUCGGAAUGCCACCAUCGGGCCUCCAGAAGACAUCUGGGUGACCCCAGAAGAGGGUUCCCUUAUCAUCAGCUUUUCUUCUCCCUUUGAUGUCCCUGCCUCGGUGGCCUUUUUUUGGUAUUAUGUCUACUACUGGGAAAAGGGAGGAAGCAAACAGGUGACACACCGUUUCAGGAGCAACUUCAUCACGUUGAAUGAUUUAAAACCCUUAAGAGUAUACUGUUUCCAACUCAAGGCAGAACUGUUUUUGGCAAAAGAAAACAUCUCUAGACCUGGGCAUUUAAGCAACAUAUCUUGCUCCGAAACAACAGUGGAUGCCUCUACCAAGCUUCAACAAGUCAUCCUGAUCUCUAUGGGAACCUUUCUGUUGCUGUCAGUGCUGGUGGGGGCCUGUCUCUUCCUGGUGCUGAAAUACAGAGGCCUGGUUAAAUAUUGGUUUCACUCUGCACCAAGCAUCCCAUCACAAAUAGAAGAGUAUUUAAAGGAUCCAGCUCAGCCCAUCUUAGACGCCUUGGACAAGGACAGCUCGCCAAAGGAUGAUGCCUGGGACUCUGUGUCCAUCGUGUCGUUUCCAGAGAAUAAGCAAGAAGACAUUCUCCAAAACACUUUGAACCAAAGCACAGAUCCAAGCCACCAGCCCGUGGAAGGAGGACCCUGAGACAGUGAAGCUGCGGAUGUGCCUGUCAGGACUUGAUGGAGCCCACGACUCCUUAUUCCUGUCAUGAAAAGACCCGGGGGUGCCUGGGGAGAGGUCCUGGGUCCCGUGGGAGAGAAAAACUUACUUUUUUUAAACUAAGAAUUUCCUAAAUCCUACAAGUUUCUAGACCGAUUCUACAUACCAAAAAAAUUAAGGUUUCUCUUAAACACUAAAAAGGCCCAUAAUUAUUUGUUAUCAAAAUGGCUGUGGCACCCCUCUGAUAUUUUGUACAUUGUGGGUGGGGCCAGGUGGUCAGGAGACGGGGUCCUCUCCUGGCUAUGGCAAGGAGCUUGGGCCCCUUGGGCAGGUCACCUAAGCUGUCCCAGCCUCUCCCUGUAACAAGGGACACUGAGUGUCCUGGCUUAAAAUGUGAUUAAUCCUGUAAAUAGUUUCCUAUUAAUUUAAGGGUCAUUUUUUUCUUUUCAAGCUAGAAAUAAAAGACUGUAUAGUUAACUUUUUAAAAGUC